CAGCAGUUCAACAUCUUUCCGGCGAUCUUUAGCCGCCAGCUGAACUUCUCGGCCGGCGGGCAAGCGGGCAAGCUAAGCAUGGACGAGCUGCGUCCGAAUUUGGUUGGCGGGCUGCUGGGUUUGCAGCAGGGCCUGCUGGAGGAUCAUGCCAGCAUGCAACACGGCGGCGUGGCGCAGGACACCAAGUUCAUGUCGUUCCAGGAUCAGCGGCUAAUGGGCAUCGGUGGCUCGCAUGAGAAUCGGUUGCUCAGCCUGGCCAGCUCAGUGCAGGACACGCGCUCGCCAAUCACCACGCUGGACAAGUCGUCCUCCUCGUCGCUCAACCACCAGCGCAAGUGCAGCAGCACGCCGGAGGACUUUAGUGCGCUUUACUCGGGCCUGCCGACGCCUGGAAUGGACUCAUCCUCGCACCACCACACGCCGGCUCACACGCCGCCGUCGCGUCUCUCUGACCACACCAUAUCGGCGGAAGGUGCCUUCAAGAAGCUCAAGCCGGAACCCAACAGCGGCCUCUCGACGGUUUCCGCCGGCAUCACAUCGCCCGGAAGUGGAUUAUCAACGCUGAGUCAGCACGCCGGCCACACCCCAACCACAGCAUCCUGCCCGACGCCAGCCAGGCGGAGACAUCGAACCACAUUCACACAGGAACAAUUAGCGGAACUGGAAGCUGCAUUCGCCAAAUCGCAUUAUCCGGAUAUUUACUGCCGCGAGGAGCUGGCGCGCACAACAAAGCUGAACGAGGCGCGGAUCCAAGUCUGGUUUCAGAAUCGUCGCGCCAAAUACCGCAAGCAGGAGAAGCAGCUGCAAAAGGCGCUGGCACCGUCUGUGAUCCCAUCCUGCAACGGGAUGAUGCGCAACAUCCAGGGCUAUAGUGUCUCGCGUGGCUAUCAGCCAUAUCCGCAUCACAAUACCAUGAAUCGCUAUCCCCAGGAUCUCUUCCAAAUGGGCGCCUCCUCGUAUCCAGGCAUGACGCAACCGUUCUCCAUGGCGCACAGCUCGAACAUGGGCUCCGUGGGAGUGCGUCAGGACUCGAUGGGUAUGUCACCAGAGGACGAGUGGUACAACAAGAGUCUGUCCGCCCUGCGGAUGAACUCGUCGCAUCAUCCCAACCUAUCGGCCCCGAUGCUCCAAUACCAGACAUAAUCAAAGACCUUUGACGACUUCUUUUAAAAGAUCGCACCUCAAGCGCAGGAUGAGCAGCAGCACAAGAAGAAGGGAAGACUGGAGGAGGAGCAGCAGCAGCAGGAGCAGCAAUACCAGCAGCAGCAGGAGGUGCGAUGUUUUAAGGGCGAGUGCGUCAAACGGUGUCCCGCAGCAUCUACCAAAAACAUACAUACAUAUGUCUCUGUCUAUAUCUAUGCAUAUAUCGCUGUAUAUAUGUACAUAGUAUAUAUACGGGUGUGUGUCGUCGUCAGUCAUUAGUUUCUAGUCCCGAGGAUGUACGAUCUGCGUAUCUAGUAUCCCGCAAGCAUCUCCUAGUAUCGCUGGGAUCGUCGCAAGAUAAUACUUAUAAGACUUGUUGAUAUUAUUCUGUUUGUUUUUUUUUUUUCAACAAUUUUUUUUGUGUGUGAAUCCAGAGCCAAGUCGUUGGAGGAGAGGAGCUAUGCGACGAGGGCGUGGUCGCAGCUAAGAGAAAGAACGAAGAGGUAUUAUUGUAAUAGGCAACUAGUCAUAGGUCUAAGCGAAUUGUGUGUAUUGAGAUUUUAGCGUGGCAUUAUAUCGGCGUAACGGUAAAGAUAAAGGUAAUGGUAAAAAAAUCAACUAAAGCAAGCAUCAAUGCAUACAACAUACAUUUAAAUAAAUACGCACAUGUAUUGAGAUAUGUACUAGCGAUAGCAUAAGUCAGGUUGUCUAGCCCCCCCAAAAAGAAGGAGGAGGAUCAGAAGGAGGAGGAGGAUGAGGAGGCGGCGAGGGGCAGGAGUACAUCCUGAAUCCAGGCUGCCGCAUGCAACUCUUUGGUUGCUUUCAACGAGUUUUCAUUGCCUGCUCACUAUAUACUAAUAUAGCUUACUCAACAUACAUAUAGCCCCUCCGUCCCCCCUACCCCACCCAGCCCCUUUCCCCCCGAAGAGCCCCAAAAAAAGAGAACCCAAAUCAAACUACAAAACUUUCUAACUAAUUCAACAUGUGUCGAAACUAAUUGUAAGAUGAUUUUUUUUAGCUAAGCAAUGCAUUAACGAGUUAUAUUUAAUUGUAAUACUAAACGAAACCAAAAACCGAAACCACUAUAAUACAUCACCUAUAUAUAUUUAAAUACGAAAAGAAAAACGAAAAACAAAAAACUAAAAUGCGAAAGCAACACGAAAACUACAAGAAUCAUG